AUGUUUGGGUUCUGCCCUUCGGCUAAACCCACUCUCUCCCUCUCUCUCCCUCUCCCUCUCUCUCUCUGCUCAGCCAACAUGUUGGACACCAUGCUCCUGAAGAACGGAUGGAAGGGGGGGUCGGAGCGAAAGGCGGAGGAGAGCAGCAGCAGCAGCAGCGCGGCCACUGUUCCAGCUCAGAACAUGCUCCGGUGCUACUGCAACCACCUCUGCCCGGAAAACUCUGUCAACAACACCUGCAUCACCAACGGUUUCUGCUUCACCAUGGUGGAGGAGGAGGAGGGGGGAGUGGCUGUACUCACCUCAGGUUGUUUAGGACUCGCUGGUUCUGAGUUCCAGUGUCGAGACACGUGGAAUGCUCGGUCCAGGAGAGCUCUGGAGUGCUGCACGGAUCAGGACUACUGCAACCGAGAUCUGCAUCCCACUCUUCCUCCGAUCAUGACGUCAGACUAUGUGGACAGCAGCAUCCAGUACAUGGCUCUGUUCAUUUCCAUCACUGUCUGCACCAUCAUCCUCGGCCUCUGCCUCGUCUUCUUCUACUUGAGAUAUAAGCGGCAGGAGUCACAGCCGCGCUACAGCAUCGACCUGGAGCAGGAGGAGUCCUACAUCCCCUCAGGGGAGUCUCUUAAAGAUCUCAUAGAGCAUUCCAGGAGCACGGGGUCUGGCUCAGGGUCAGGACUCCCUCUAAUGGUGCAGCGAACCAUCGCCAAGCAAAUUCACAUGGUGAAGCAGAUCGGGAAAGGGCGAUACGGGGAGGUGUGGAUGGGCACGUGGAGAGGAGAGAGGGUGGCGGUGAAAGUCUUCUUCACCACAGAGGAAGAGAGCUGGUUCAGAGAGACGGAGAUUUAUCAGACCUUCCUGAUGAGGCACGACAACAUCCUGGGAUUCAUUGCGGCCGACAUCAAAGGAACCGGCUCGUGGACCCAGCUCUACCUGAUCACCGACUACCACGAGAACGGCUCCUUGUACGACUACCUCAAGUCCAACACGCUGGACGUCAAGGCUCUGCUGAAACUGGCCUACUCCUCCAUAUCGGGCCUGUGCCACCUGCACACCGAGAUCUACGGCACGCAGGGCAAACCGGCCAUCGCACACAGGGACCUGAAGAGCAAGAACAUCCUGGUGAAAAAGAACGGGUCCUGCUGCAUAGCAGACCUUGGGCUGGCUGUCAAAUACAACAGUGACACCAAUGAGGUGGACAUCCCUCCCAACCUCCGCGUCGGCACCAAGCGCUACAUGCCGCCCGAAGUGUUGGACGAGACGCUGAACAGACGCUACUUCCAGUCCUUCAUAAUGGCCGACAUGUACAGCUACGGCCUCAUCGUCUGGGAGAUGGUGCGACGUUGCAUCUCCGGAGGCAUUGUGGAGGAUUAUCAGCUGCCCUAUCACGACCUCGUGCCCACUGAUCCCUCCUACGAGGACAUGAGGGAGGUCGUGUGCAUUAAGAAACAAAGACCUUCCUUCGCUAAUCGCUGGAGCAGUGAUGAGUGUCUACGACAGAUGGGAAAGCUGAUGUCCGAGUGCUGGGCUCACAACCCGGCGUCUCGCCUCACAGCCCUGAGGGUGAGGAAGACCCUGGCGAAGAUGUUAGAGUCCCAAGACAUCAAGAUGUGACAGAGAAUCAAGAGAGAUGCUCUCAUCGCCCAGAGACUUGUCAGCGCCAGUGGUGCGGCGCCGCUCACACUGGCCAAUGGACGAAAGGGAAAAAAAGGAAAGAACGAGAGGAGGCUGUGAACGAUGGGACAAAGUGACAGGGAACAAGAGUGAUGGACGUUAUUGUCGACUGAGAGCCAGAAGAAUGAGGGGCGGAAGAUUUAUUAUGUCAGGGGGAGAUGUGACGUCCCGUUGUCUGAGUCGCCUCGGACAAAGGUGUUGGGGUUGUGCUUUCUGUGAAAGCUUGAGUGGUCGUCGGGGUCCGGACGGGGACCCUCGCAGCUGAGGAGCUCGGCCCAGAGGCCUCUCCUGCUCUGCUCUUCUGAAGCCAUAUAGCAGUAUUCCAUGUGCAGUCUUUUGUACCGUCACAGCUGCCUUAAUAUAUGUUGUUUUUUGACUGCAUGCUGUGAUAUCAUAGCAAUUUCACUGUCAAUUCCCUCCAUGGUGACCGUCAUCCAUCCCGAGAAGAGGCCGAUUCGUGCCCAGUGACCUCUUUGUCAAUUGUGUUAUUAUUAUUAUUACAGAGUAAAGCUAAAUGAAUUCUAUUAUGUAUUUUAAAGUACAGUUUAUUUCAAUAUUAAAAGAAGCUCUCUGGGUAAAAAAGUGUUACAUCAUGGAUGGGUUGGUGAUUCUUCCAGCCUCCUCCUUCCUCAUUGUCUCCUCUAUGGUGCCAUAUUGUAGCAUUGUAUUUGUCUGUGUUUGUGUGUGGAGAGUUGUGUAUCUUUAUCUCAAUCUGUGUGUGCAUUAUCAUAUGUGUAAAUGUGUAAAGGAUUCUGCACAUGUGUGGUAAAAUUUGAAAACGGGAACGGGAAUCUGCAAAUGUGUAUUUUAGGAUCCGUUAAUCCAUAAUCACAUUUGUACAAACACGGUAAUGAGAUUUACACACUGAAAAUGGACGCAUGACUAGAUCUUUAAAUACAAUGUAUGUAUCUACCAUGUUUUUUCUGAUAUUCCUGUUUGCAUUUAUACACGGAUAUAAGCGGAUUAUUUUAGACGUGUACAAAUCUGAUUUUGCACACACCGAUUGAGAUACAGUUACACAACUUUCCCCACACACAAGUUAUACUGCUAAAAUACUGGCCCUAUAAACUUCUUUCCACUUUACACAACUCAUUUGUAAGUUGAUGAGCUGGAAUCUAUUGAUAAUUAUCACCUUGCCGGAUGAUAAACUAUGUUUUUGAUGAUGUGUGUGUACAGAAUACGUCCCUUCCACUCUACCACUGCGGCAUGUGCCUUAUUUAAUCUGUACAUAUGUGAUCACGAGAGUGUGCGAGUGGACCGGGGGAACAUUCCCUAAUAAAACGACUGUGUCUCGAAGGCACUCUAGUGUGUCUUAAUCUCACAAUUCAAACAAGACAGGCUGCUGGCGCUUCCUUUCCAAUGUUGCAUAUAAAUAUAAUUUAUUAUUAGUCUUCAAAAUUCUUUCUUACACUUUGUACAGUAACUGGACAGACGAGAUGCAAGCAGUUGCGAAGGACAUGGUGAGUGCCAGAGACAGACAGGCUACAUUCCCACUAUUACACAUUAAUACUCAUGAAGCUGAAGGACAACUGGGGGAAAUGCAAAAGGCUGCAGCCCACUGAGGAUGUAAGGAUUGUUUCAACAAGAUGCAGAGUUUGCAUAGACCUUUUUUUUCUUCUUCUUUUUUACGAAAACUGAGACAAUCGCCAUUAAAAAAAAAAUCAAUUAAGACCACCUGGACAAUCACGAGUGCCGCUGAAUCGGAGGAAUGUUGCA